UGAAAUAUUUUGUCGCGGUUGUCCUAUCCAAAGGUUGUCUUGAAUUUGUAAUAUACAAGAUGACAUUCAGUGUGUUAAGAAAUUUUGAAGAUCUGCGAGUUACGCUUAUCGCCGUUAUCGCCUGACAGCGUGCGCUUUGCAUCUAUUUUUGGCGCAAGCGUAUUUUGGCGGCUAACGGCGGCACGCCAGGAAAAGUGUGCUUGCUAGCUAAGUUCUUCGCGUAUUUGUAGUGAUAAGAAACACAUUUCGUCGUUAGAUAGCGAUGUUCAAGGUGUUCACGCUGGAAAAUGUACUAGCAUAAAGGGUUUGUGCACAUCGUAGCGAUUCCUGGGGCUGUAGUGGCGCUGCAAGAAGAUAAACCGCGCAAAAAUAAAGCUUCACCAUGAGUAACAAAAUAUUGGGGAGGAAAACCAAUGUGACAGAUCAGAGCUACCUGAAGAAAAGGUGCACAGAGGACCUGAAGUCCUUCAACACAGCUCUCAUCAAGUAUAGAAAUGACUUCUCCACUAACACUCAACCAAAGAACAACAAUCUGCAAUCAAAGAGUAUAGAAGGUACUGAAGAGCAGGAAAAGCUACAGGAAUCUCCCAUGAAUAUCAUACAAGCUCCAACUGUAUUGCAUCACAACAAUAAUAAUAACAAUAAGUUUUCUAAUUAUUAUAACAACAGAAGGUCUGAAGGAAAGUUGCUGUCUCCACCACACAGUGUGGAUUAUUCUGAUUUGAGUCUGUGCUGUAAUGGUGUAGCAGAGGGUGGUAUGAAUAGGGUGCAAGAGGCCAAGAAUGGUACAAAUUAUGGGCAGAGUCCAUUGAUUAGGAAUAGAUUUAGUAAUAGUUCUCCUAGUGUGUUUUAUGGAAGCACAACUGUUACAAAUGGGCACAAUAAUAAUGGUUAUUACAAACCAAGAUAUUAUUCAUCAGGGCAUAAAAAGGACAAGAAGAAACUGUCAGGUCCAGCUAAUGUGUCAGACAUUCAUAAGCGUGUGUAUGGAUUGAUGGAGCGUUUUGCGGCACGUUCGUACAUAUUUUUUAUACCCAGCAAUCCCACUGAUUUGAUCCACUGCAAUCAGUUUGAUAUGCUCAAUAGGCACAUUUGGGAAGUAUACUCAAACAAAGCACAGAAGGAAGUCACAUAUUUAAAGAAGUUGGAGUUUUGGAAAUCAGUAUAUUUAAGUAUUCAACAAAUAUUGUUACGUUACGGUUUGUUCCUUGUUGGCUCAACAAUGUCCGGCCUCGGUCUGGACCGUAGUGAUAUAGAUAUGUGUCUGUUGGUUCGACCUGGAUUAAUCGAUCCUCGUGCUGAUGCAUUGACGCAUCUACAGAGUAUUUGCAAGUUGCUUGAAACCUGUGAUUUUGUUAAGGACCCAGAGAUUAUUAUGGCAAAAGUGCCAAUCUUGAAGUUUCGGGACGCGUUGUACGGCUUUGAAGUGGACCUCAACUGUAACAAUUCCGUGGGCAUUCGCAACACGCACUUGUUGAACGCUUACGCUCGGUUGGACUGGCGUGUACGGCCAAUGGUCGUCAUCGUCAAGGUGUGGGCCCAAGCAAAUGAUAUUAACGACGCGAAGAGAAUGACUAUCAAUAGUUACUCGCUCGCUUUAAUGACCCUUCAUUAUUUGCAAUGCGGUGUUAAUCCUCCAGCAAUUCCAUGUUUGCAAGUUCUCUACCCGGACCGUUUUGGCCCGAACGUGGAGAUCCACUCGUUGGACUUGCAAGAGGAGCUGCCUCCGUUCUUGUCUGAUAAUAGGCAGUCACUCGGGGAACUGUUCCUCGGGUUUUUGCAUUAUUUCAGCACGUUCAAUUACAACCAGUUUGCAAUGUCUGUGCGCGAGGGUAGAGUUGUCUCCAAAGAUGAGUGUCGUUUCGUACGCGCACCGAAAAAUGAUGUUACACAAUGGAAGCUUCUUUGCAUCGAGGAGCCAUUUGAUCUCACCAACACAGCUCGCUGUGUUUAUGAUGUGAAUACAUUCGAGCACAUAAAGAGCAUCUUUCGCGGCUCUUACGAGAUGCUUGUACAAACCAAAGAUCUCUCUACCAUUGUGCCGUUACAUAUUCCGCAGAUUAAUCUCACUCCAUCACACGUUAAUCAUGCAAAUUAUGUGAAUCAGGCGAAUCACGCGAGUCCCAUCAGCUCUCCGAGGAACACGCAAACGAACCAAAGAUAAAAGCAAUACCAAAAUCCAAGGAAGGAUCUCGUGCCAAAUUGAUUUAAACGAAAAACACUUGCUACAAAACCUUAGAAUUAAGAAGAAAAUGAGUGAAAGUGUUUAAAUCAUUCACAUUCCAAGUGAUUGAAGAUUCACGUGAGUCUUUGAAGAUUAAUUGCGUUUGAGCAAUUGUUUAAGGUAAUAUUUUCCGCCAUUGAUUAGCAAGGCGGCUUCUCUUCUUGUUUGUUUGUUCAAACUUUACUUUACUUGCCUUCACUUUCGAAGAGUGCCAUUGAAGUUUAGUGCGUCGGCCAUUUGGUGAUAUUUAUAAAAAGCCCGGGCUGGUUGCAUUGGAUUUGUCACAUAAGAAUCAGUAUUUUAUUUAUUAUUUAUUUAUUUUUUCUUCACUUACCACAAUAAAAAAAUAUACAUUUAACGUAGAAAAAAGAAGAAGAAAAAAUAGAGAGAGGAAAGGAAGUGCGUAAGUGGCUUUAUUUAUUUCGUUUUGUUGUGAUAAUAAUUUAAUACUCUGAGUUUUUGCUAACGGUAAUUUGAUAGAGAUUUUUAUAUACAAGGUGUAUCGGAAAGGCAUCGGGUUGGAGCAGACAAUUUGCGAUGUCACAUUUAAAUUUAACAACGGCGAUUUAACACAAGAUUUUAUCGGUCAUUUAUGUUUUACACUUUGUUAACAUUUCGUUCUGAUCUAAAUUGUUGAUUCGCGAUUUUUUUAUUAUUCGAAAAAUGACAAUAAAUUGUUUACUCUACACCACCCGGGUGAUGUUUUUCUGCAUCGAAUUCGACUUGUGAAUUAAACUAAUCAAAAUUACAUAUCAAAAUCAACGCGUAGAUGUAUGUCGGGCAAAUGUAGUCUUCCCUUUUGUAAAAAACACACUGCGUGAGCAAAAAUUAGACCUCGUUACACGAAAUUCGAUUCAUACGAGUGCCAUGAAUAAGCAGAAAAAAGAAAAAUUAAUGAAAGUAACUUGACAAUAUUUACUCGUGUUGCAAAGCAACAACAUUUCUUCAUUGAAAUAAUUGUGUUACUUGUUUAUAAUUGUUAACGUUUAUCUAUCUAUUUAUCGAUCUUAUUUGAGCGUACUGCCAGAAAGAUGAUAAUGCAAUGUUAUUUAGUAAUAUUUUUAGUUCGAUAACAAAGACGUGCGCGUCGAUGAGAAAAACAUGGGAAAUUUGUGCAAAUUAAAAAAAGUUUAAAAACUAUCUGAAAAAAUAUAUACAAAAAAAUGUUUCUUAAAGAUGUAUGUAGAAUAUAAAACUUGUAAAUAUGAGUAAAUGUUUCAUAGAAAAACAAAAAAAGCAAAAAAAAUGAAUAAAAAUAAAAAUGAUUUAACUAAUUUGGUAAGUUUGGAAUUGCCAAAUUUAUAAAUGUAAUACGAACUUCAAGAGAUUAGAUUGAAUGAAAACUAUUGUCUGAAUAGUGUGGCGUAUUUUAUAUCGAACCAUUGUAAAAUAGCAAUUUGAUGACCGAUUAAUUUUGAACGCAAACUGUAAUAUUGUUACGAACAAUCUAAACUCAAUUCAAGCAAUAAAGAAAAUCUUAACAGCA